AAAACACACACAAACAAAACAUACACACACAUGCAUAUUGACGACACACACACACAGACACACUGCUGCUACUCUGUUUAUUAUCCGUUUAUUAUCUAUCCUGAUUGCCUAGUCACUUUCCCCCCUACCUACCUGUACAUUACAUAUUACCUCAAUCACCUCAACUACUUCGUACCCCAGCACAUUGACUCGGUACUGGUAGUCCUUGUCUAUAACUCGGUACUGGUAGUCCUUGUCUAUAACUCGGUACUGGUAGUCCUUGUCUAUAACUCGGUACUGGUAGUCCUUGUCUAUAACUCGGUACUGGUAGUCCUUGUCUAUAACUCGGUACUGGUAGUCCUAGUCUAUAACUCGGUACUGGUAGUCCUUGUCUAUAACUCGGUACUGGUAGUCCUUGUCUAUAACUCGGUACUGGUAGUCCUUGUCUAUAACCUCAUUAUUGCUAUUUUAUUGUGUUACUAUUUCCUAUUUAUUUUUGCUAUUUUUCUUACUAUUUAACUCUGCAUUGUUGGGAAAGGGCUCGUAAGACCACACCUGUUGUAUCCGGCCCAUGUGAUUAAUAUAAUUUGAUACUUCCAUAAUUCAAGAAAAUAUCAAUGCAUAGAAAAACACAUACAGUACAUUCCCAUCACCAAAAUGUUUUGUAAUGCUGAUAUUAAUUGACCAGGUGGAUGAGUUAUUUCCAACAAUUCACACAUUUUAAGUGUAGAAUUAUUACACAGUGCCCUCUGGAUUGGUAGUAAUAAGCACCGGGACAAAAAACCCAUGAUACAACCAACCCAUGAUACAACCAACCUAUGAUACAACCAACCCAUGAUACAACCAACCCAUGAUACAACCAACCUAUGAUACAACCAACCCAUGAUACAACCAACCUAUGAUACAACCAACCCAUGAUACAACCAAACCAUGAUACAACAAACCCUGGUCUCCCUUAAGUAGCCUUGCAUGAGCGAGCCGGAACAGCUCAUAGGAGAGCAGGAGCCUAUCUCCUGUGUCUGUAGCGUGAGGCAGCUUGAUGUACAAGUAUAGCCCCUGGAAAGUAUGUGGCUAUUCUACAGCAGAGCCUUACCCCCCAAUUAUAUCUCCUUAAUGCUACCUGCCAAGCAGAGACACAUCAGGUCCCAUUUCCACAGUCUUUGGUAUGAAUCUGCCUGGGAUCAAACGCUCAACCUUCCGAUCUCAGGGCGGACACUCACUAACCACAAGGCCACUGAGUUGACGCUGUUAUUACAGCUUCAUCUACAAACUACUUGCAUGUAUGUGAAAACAUAAACAUGGAUUUAAAGUACAUCUGCUGUGUGUAAGUCUAGCAAUAUUUAUGAACGGUAGCUUAUGAAACAGAUAUGCAUGCAUACUGUAUGUAACCUCUCUGUCACGUUACUAUUAAAAACAGACAAUUGUCAUUCUGCAAAACACCGGUUCAAAUUAACAGAAUAUGGUUAUGCAGGACAGAUGAGUGCAUGCUCUUUCAAAUAGCAUAGUAAGAUGGUCAUGGAAGUCUAGUGCAAUAAAAGAACCGUACGGUAUAUUGCUCUCCAAGUCUGCAUUCUCCAUGAACUUGACAUGAAACUGACAUUGUACCAUGUAUAAAUGACACACCACUGAAAAUGACUUACGGUCUCAUUCAACAUUUGGGAAAGGUAGGCAAAUUCAUAUUUCUUAGUAGUAGUAUAUACAUAGAUAUGACAAAACUCCACAUUUUAGUCACAAUUCACACCUAUCAAGCCUGACUCAUCAUAACUGGAGAAGAGCUUACCUUCAGUGCAAGGGGGAAGUCCCAGAAAAUGCAUUGUGGUUGCACCCAAAUCAGCCCCUUACUCAAAUACAUGUCGCCCAAGGUCACUGCAAGAGGGGCACAUUUCAAGCUGAGGUCCUCAGAUGUCUUUCUUCUCUCUGUAGGUAAGUCAUACGAUAUUGUGUUGUAUUACAUUGGGCAUUAUUAUUACAUUCCAUGAUGAGAUGUAUUUUUAGUUACAAGUGAGCUGGUUAAUGAGUAAGCUGUUCAUGGUUUAUAAACUUUUUAAAAGAUGGAUGUUGUCUUUGAUUAUUCAUAGAACACCUGGGAAUGGUAUUGAAGGAGAACAUAAUUAUUUACAUUUUUACUUAUCGGAUAUCCAGACUUAAAGAUCAACAUCAUGCCUUGAAUACAUGACUUACAUGGUGUAAGCAAUGAGUCAUUGCUUAUGCUAUAGAGUGUUACACCAACAAAGACACCAUUGAUCACAUCAUGUGUGGUAAAAGGAAUGAAUAAUCAGUAAAGGCGUAAAAUGCUAUUGUUGGAGAGUGAUUUAGGCAAAUUCACAGAUAAGAACAAAUGUACAAGUCAAUUUUAUGAAGUUGAAGACCAAGGCGAGGCGUAGCUUUAUUUGUAGAGCGUGUCAUUUCUCCAGCUCAGUGAUUUUGUGCCCAGUGGAGCACAGCGCAGUAUGCCUCUGUCAAGAAAAGUGCAUUUAAAUCUUUGAAGUUGUGUAUAGAGGCUUGUCCUCUCUUCUGAUACCUUCUAGAGUUACUUGGACAGAAUAAUAUACAGUACAUGAGUAAUUCAUCAUUUUUUUUGUGUCCAGUUUGUUUGAGCCUGCUUGUUUGCCUGUAGACGAACCUACACCAUCUAAAAGUAAAGAAGAAAAAUAAAACACAAAAUCUAAGGAACUCCAUCAUAAAGUAAUGUCAAAUCUGGAAUCCUAACACCCCCAAAUCAACUUGAUUCGUGUCAGGUUUGAAUCAAUCCCAACCAAGUGAUACAAAGCUGAUUACGCAAGGAUUCCAUGAACUGACCCUGAUUUUCCUCUGCCUGUCAUUCAGUGAGUCAGAGUGUGAGUUGACACCUGAGCUGAGCCAUGGGGUUUGGCUGUCCUGAGGGUCACUUCUGGGAUGGCUUGGUGAGGAAGUGUCUGACCUGUCAGAUGGUCUGCCAGCAGCCUCACCACCACCUCAGAUGCAUCGAGUACUGUGUUUCUCUAGGGUGUAAGGCAGUCCCAGGGCAGUACUACGACAGGCUGUUGAAGAAGUGUCUGACGUGUGCUGUCGUGUGUGGCAACCAUCCCUCAGAGUGUUCCCACCAAUGUCAGACCCAACAGCCUGAUUUGAGUGCAACCCUGAGGCCUGUGGAUGGGACAGUCUUCCAGAACCCUACCACCAAGGGGGGCUCCCUACUCAGUGGUGUGUCUAACUCAGUCAUCCUGGUGUACUCUCUGCUGGGCUUGUGUCUGGCUCUGCUGCUGUUGACCCUGUCUUUGGCCCUGCUUGUGCUGCUGAGGAGGGCCAGGGCCAGAGGUCCCCGACCAGGGGCCACACAGAGCAGUCCCACCCAGGUCCGUGGAAGCCAGGGGGCCCAAGAGCCUAACCAGCACAGCAAGUCCUCCAAAGACAACCUGAUGGAUCCAUCCCUGCCCAAGCUGAACAGUGUUACAGCGGGCCGUUCGUCCAGCCCAAUAGAGACCUGUGUGUGUGUCCACUGCUUCCCUGACCUCAGAGUGCCUGGCAGAGGUGAGAAGCAGCAGAGACCCCCUCUCACCCUCUACCAGCAGGCUGUCUCGCAGGACCUCCACACUCCUACCAGACGACUCACUUGUGGAUCAUCAGAAAAAAUAAUCUGCUCCCCCUCUCAGCCUAGCUUCUGACAGGAGCAGAACUGAAACCGACUGGACACUACGGCAAUGAUAGAAAUCCUAUUAAAUGACUAGAGGGGCUAUGUCAUAAACCCUCAAAGUUCCAUAAUGGGGUGAAAAUGGCAGCAAUCUUGGUCAGGGAGAAAUACAAAACCAGUCUAAUUGGAAUGAAUGGCAGAGGCAUAGGUGAUGCAUGUCCUGUUUUUACUGAUGCCGGAAAAUAAAAGGCAGAUGAUGUAUUAGAAAUUGUGUAAUGUAAUUAUAGUCAACCUAAAAUAGUGUUGUAAUUCUAAAAACAUUUGAUACUGGUUUUAUACCAAUUUUCUGUACAAAUACCUUCUAAAAUACAUGUAAACAGACCAUACGUCUUAGUUUUCUUGAAAAACGGUGUGCUACUCUAUGAUACAAUAUCAGUACUUGUUGCAUUUAGGUCUCAUCAACUGAUUUGAGCCAGUGUAUAGCUGUGUAUUGUCUGCCUUGUUUGAAUGGAAUGUUUGCUUGUUGGCAGUUAAUUAGACACAUUUAUGGUGUCAUUCCUCAAAAAAGGUUGGCCAGCUAGCUAGCAAACACCCAUCCUGUCAUGCUGUCAUGUUUCACCUGUCCUUGUGAUUGUCUCCACCCCCUCCAGGUGUCGCUUAUUUUCCCCAGUGUAUUUAUCCCAGUGUUUCCUGUCUCUUUGUGCCAGUUCGCCUUGUAUGUUUCCAAGUCA